CAAAAAACAACAAUCCAUCUAUCCAUCCCCCAUUCAUUUGAAUUCAUUAGAGUGCUCUCUACGAGAGUAUCUCCUUCUCUCUCCUCUCGUUUUCUAAACAGAGCAUCGUUCAAAAGACAGAAACAAUAAUCAUCACAUACAAACGAGAAACAUUUCUUUGCUUUUAAUCGUUGAAGUUCUCUGUUGUUCAUCAAACAAUCAUGUGUAAUCCAAACAAUUCAUCAACAGCCAAGAAACCAGAGCAUCGCCACCAUCAACAGCCGCCGCCGCAGCCCCACUUGUUCCUAGACUUCUUAUCCGUACCCGAAGCUCCAAAGCCGCAGCCCCACUUGUUACUAGACAUAGUCAGCGAGACCAAGUCCUUGUUACAGCUCGCCUUCCCAAUCAUCCUCACCGCCCUCAUUGUCUACUCCCGCUCGAUCCUCUCCAUGCUCUUCCUCGGCCACCUUGGCGAGCUUGAGCUCGCUGCUGGGUCCCUUGCCAUCGCCUUCGCCAACAUCACCGGCUACUCCGUCCUAUCCGGACUAGCCCUUGGCAUGGAGCCUCUCUGUUCCCAAGCCUUUGGAGCCCAACGUCCGAAGCUCCUCUCCUUAACCCUCCACCGCUCCGUCAUCUUCCUCGCCGUCGCUUCUCUACCCAUUUCGCUCCUCUGGGUCAGCAUGUCAUCAAUCCUACUGUACCUCCGUCAGGACCCGGAUAUCACCGCCGUGGCCCACACCUAUCUCAUGUUCUCCCUCCCUGACCUCUUCACCAACUCCCUCAUUCACCCAAUCCGCAUUUACCUUCGGGCCCAGGGAAUCACCCAUCCGCUCACGUUAGCAUCCUUUGCCGGGGCGCUCUUUCACCUCCCAAUGAACCUUUUGUUAGUCACUCGGCUCCAGCUUGGCGUGGCCGGCGUCGCGGCGGCUUCCGCCGCUUCCAAUCUAUUUGUUUUACUGGCCCUCGUUUCGUACGUGUGGACCACGGGGAUCCACGUGCCGACGUGGACGAAGCCAACCAGCGAGUGCCUCACAGGCUGGAAGCCGCUGCUUCGGCUCGCCGCGCCGAGCUGCGUUUCCGUGUGCUUGGAGUGGUGGUGGUAUGAGAUCAUGAUCGUCCUGUGUGGGCUCCUCGUGGACCCCAGAGCAACCGUCGCCUCGAUGGGCGUGCUCAUCCAAACGACGGCGUUGAUUUACGUGUUCCCAUCCUCCUUGAGCUUCGCAGUCUCGACCCGGGUCGGGAACGAGCUCGGGGCAAACCGGCCGCACAAGGCGAAAUUAUCCUCUGCGGUCUCGAUCAUGAUUGCGUUCUUGAUGGGCUUAUCCGCGACGAGUUUCGCGUCAGGGAUGCGGGGGAGCUGGGCGCGGAUGUUCACAAGCGACGCGGAGAUCGUGCGGCUGACGUCGGCGGCGCUGCCCAUCCUAGGGCUGUGCGAGCUUGGCAACUGCCCGCAGACAGUGGGGUGUGGCGUCCUCAGAGGUAGCGCGCGCCCGUCCACCGCUGCUAACGUGAACCUCAGCGCGUUCUAUCUCGUGGGCAUGCCAGUGGCCGUCGGACUCGGAUUCUGGGCUGGAAUCGGGUUUUGCGGAUUAUGGGUCGGGUUGCUGUCAGCCCAGGUUUGUUGUGCUGGGCUCAUGUUGUAUGUGGUUGGGACUACAGACUGGGAUCUCCAAGCUAAGAGGGCCCGCUCGCUAACGUGCGCUGGUAGUGAAAUCACAUUACCCGAUUGUAUGGUUGUAGAGGAACAGCAGCCGUUGGUUAUCAUUACGGUGCCUCCUUCUCCAUGAUUCAAAAAUUCCAGAUUAGAUGCAAUUUUUGCCACAAGUUUUUUUUUAUAUAAUUAUUUCUUUUUUUCUGUGAAUUAUUAUUUUAUUAAUUGUUUGGUCUAGAUAAUGGGAUUCUUAAAAAUAAAUAAUCAACAACUUUGUUCUCUUUUGAUUA